UACUCUUAUACGCUUGGAAACCCUAGGCAAAUUACUCCCGUAAAAAAAGCAAAAACCCUAGGCAAAUUACUCCCUAAAAAGAACAAAAACCCUAGGCAAAUUACUCGGAGGCACAUUCUCGAGUAAUGGCGGCGGCGUGGGAAAACAAUACAUCAAUGGAAGAUACGGCGGCGGCCAUGACGGCGGUCUCGCUCCCCGACGACGCCCUCCUCGAGAUCCUGCUCCGCGUGGGCGACGCGGCCGCGCUCUUCCGUUGCGCCAUCGCCUGUAAGCGGUGGUGUGGCCUCGUCGGUGAUCCCUCGUUCCUCCGGAGCUGGUGGCCGGAGCACGCGUGCCCCUCCCUCGCCGGGUUCUUCGUCCAGAACCAGCGAGGGGCCAAGAUGCUCGUCCCGACGCCGCGGUCGGCGCUGCGCCGAGGGCUCCGCCAUACCGUCAGCUCCUUCGUGCCCGCCGAGACCGCGGAACUCUUGUCCCACGCGGUGCCGCUGGUCUCGCGCCGCGGCCUCCUCCUCGUGCACCUCGUCCGUGCGGAGGACAAGGACUCGAGGGUCAUCCACAUGGCGGUGUGCAACCUGCUCGACGGCACGUGCAACGAGCUCCCUCCUCUAGAGCUAGAUUGCUAUGCUCGCCACUUCUACUACAAGCAGCGCUGCUACGCCGUUCUAACCGGCGCGGACUGUCACGACGGUGAUGGCGAGCACCCGCCGUCCUUCUACAAAGUGCUAAUCGUCGCCACCAGCCACAGGAACCAGAUCGACCAGAAGUUUGAUCUUGAGACGUUCUCGUCCGACGAAGCAAGCUGGAGCAGGCGAAGAGUGUGCCUCCAUGCUACCAUAGCUGCCAAUGCCCUUGGGUCAUUAUGCCAAAGCGACGCCGUCGUGCUGCACGGCACCCCUCAUUGGCUAUUUCGUAGCAACAAAGGGCAAUGUUUCUAUCUCGUUAAACUAGAUUCUCAUGAGGACCAUCUUUCCUUCACGAGGCUUCCCAUCCCGAUGAUCCGUUACUCAGAUCAUCGCCCGUGCCUUAGCCUGGACACCGACGGCACGCUCUCGGUGCUACAUACGGAAAAGGAAGGUCACCACCUAGUCGUAUGGAGGCAAGAAGAGAACCAAUGGAGUGUGGAUGGUACCACACAAUGGCUCAACACUCGGACGAUCGAGCUGAUAGAACCCGGGGAUAAGGAGACACAAGGAAGAAAGAUACAUUGCAUGCUGGGAGAGAAGUGUGGCAAAUUGCUUGUCAAGGACCGGCAUGGGCAGGCGUACACCACCGACCUCGAGACCGGGGCAAUGGAGGAGGUGGAGCACUGGUCUCACGUACGCCCUGAUGGCAAUCCAGAUGUCGUGCUCCUAGAGAUGGACUGGCCGGCGUUCUUCGUUUCACGUCUUGCUACGGCCAGUGAAUCCCGCCUUCCCCUCUCAUGUCCGAGUGGAGAGGCAGCUGCAAGAAGGAGAAGGCGACACAGGAGAAGAGGCGGAAGGAAGACUCGCAGCCGUGGCAAGGCUUCAGAUAGAGGCGAGGAGGUAACCGGCUGCUCCACAUAGAGAUAAUAUUAGGUUGUGUGUGGUUUGAUGUAAAAGUUUAUUAUAGAUAUUCAAAAAAGAAAAGCUCAUAUAGUGUGUUAAAAGGAAAUGAAAGUGUUAUCUCAAAGUGUACCAACAGUUCAUAUAGCCCUACUGCCCUAGUGUAAAUCAAUCCAUUGUUGAUGGAAGAAACAAUGACAAUCUCACUCCCGGAUGAUGUACUCCUCGUCCAUUUGAAGGAUAUACUAGCCG